UAUAACUGUGUUCAUCAAGAUCUGAUGACGCACUAACAUAAUAUAAAGAGAAAUGUGCUUUUUUUAAUAAACUAUAUAUCGCAGUAUAGUAUUUAAUCAUCUGAGUAAGAACCUUCUUUGAGGUUAAAGUAGCUAUUCUUUUUUAAGAGUUGUUUUAAUAUUGAAUGUCAAAAAAGGAAAAUUUCUGAUAAAAAUUGAAGAUCGUGACACAAAGUUAUGAGACAGCAUAUGUAGAUCGCAAUGGGACGAUCGCAUGCUGCGUUCUGACAUGAAAACCGGAAUGACACUGCUACAUCCUUGUCAUUAUCUUUUGCAAUGCUUUCUACUUUCUGCACACGCGUUUACAAGUGUAUUCAUUUGAAACGUACAUUGACCAUGUGCGUCGGUCAGUUGAAUUCCAACAUAUUAACGACAAUGACCUAGGAUACUUUAUCCCUGUUCAUAAAUCGCAAAUAAUCAAACACGUUGAUGCAGUCGCUACAAACAAUUACAGUUGAUAUAUUUCAUUUCUCCACUUUUUUUUAUAGGAAAUCUAUAUUUAAAAUGACAGAAAUAGAUUUCAAAAACGAUAUUCUUCAAUGCAAUAGCAUCCUCUGUUUCAGUAAAUGACUUUUCUUUAUCGAAAUUAAAUUGUAAUUGUAACACGUAAGCGGUCUGUUGACACAGUUUUCUAUUCGCCGCGAAAAAGGCAUCUCCAGAUCAGAGUAUAAAUUGUCCAUUUCUAAGAGGCCAUCAAAUGACCGUGAAACGGUAAAAGUCGUACACGCGUAACAACGCGAGACAUUAGUACAAUACGAAGAAAGUAAAAUGAAAAUGGAAAGUGGACGGUAAACUAAUUCCAAGCGGACGCUUCUUUGAUGUCGUUGCAUAUAUGUAGAACAUUCUGCCUUUUAUGAGCCGCACGAAACACAUGUGUGUCGUAUUGCAUAUUUAUUAUAUGUGUAUUCUCGGGUAGUAAGUCUGAACUAAACAUCGAGCAAACUCGAACCAUCUUCGUAGAAAACACAAAUUUUAUCUUUUUAUCGAAAAACGUUCCAUGAAUUUAAAAUGCAAAAAAUAGAAAAUUUUAUAAUUUAGAUCAUUAUAUUUUUAGUUAUAUUUAGUAAUAAAAAUAAAUCAAAUUUCAUAAAUAAUUUAGUUAUGUAAUAUUUUUCUUCAAUUAGAAAAUAGAAAGAUUUUCUCGUUAAUUGUGAAGAUAAGAUUAAAGUAGAAAGAAUAUAAAUAAGUUAUGAUAAGUAUGAACAUGUGCACUACACUUUCGAACUCAGAAAUAUUUGUGGUGCGAAAGUUGCAAAGAUAUGUAGUAAUACCGGUUGCGGCUCAGCUUCACGCAUCUUCACAUGCUUGGCAUAUCCUGAAUACGAUGACAAGAUUCUGUGCAAGGACCCAUUCUAGUUACUUUAUCAUAGUAUUAUAACCCUACACUUUGUUGUUAGAAAAUUAUUCAUUUUAUAGAUCACAAAUUACAAUAUGAAUUUAACAUAGAGAAGUAAAUUAAAAACUGUGCGAGAUAAUAUUCGUAAUUUCAAAAUAUUACGAAUAUUACGAGGUAAUAAUUUUCUUAUUAAAUUUUGUUAAUUUUUCCAAUUGAAAAAUAUAUUAUUAUAUCGAAUACAAUAUAAUCAAUAAGAGUAAAUAAAUUGAUGUAAUGAACUAUUAAAUGAAAUACUAAAGUAAUACUAAACUAAUCAUGAUGAAAAUUUCGUUCUCUCUUUUUCCCGCUAUCAAAAUUGAAUCUACGCCAAUAAAAAUUGUUCUAUAUGCCGCGCAUGCGCUCAGUAUCCUGGGAAGGUGCCAAUUAAAGAGAAGUUCAAUUCUAUGCAACGCAUCUAUACAUAGUAUCUUACUUAUGUAGAUAACUUUGAUUGCAAUGUGACAAAUUGCACUCUUUGCGAUGAGAUUAUACAGAAAACAUAACCAUCACUAUCAAUUGGGAGAAUCCAAAUUCAACCGUAUAUUUCUACCUUGCUAUCGUUAACUGUAAUUGCUUUGUCAAUUGCGUUAUCAGCCGAUAAUAAAAAGUUGUUUUAAAGUCGAACCAACAACCAUGACUUUUAGUGAGUACACGUAUUAGCAAGAUCAGAAAUGUCAGCACGUAAAUUUGUUAGGAUUAUUACACCUGAUAGCAUAGAAUAUCGUUAUUUUCCCAUCACAAAAUCUCGCCUCAGGCUGAGUAUGCAAGCUGCUCACGAUGCAAGAAUUUCCUUACGUACACAUUUGGGUGGAGACUCAAAUGUGUAUGAGAUUAUUAUUGGAGGAUGGAGAAACACAAUGUCAGCCAUAAAAAGGAAUAACCAAGAACAAGAUGUGGCAGAAGCAGAAACAAGAAACAUAUUAAAUGCUCAGUAUAUGUUCAAUAUUUGGAUUCAAUGGUGUUGUGAUGGAACUUUAAAGAUUGGUCGUCAAAAUGGUGAUGUUUUUCUAGCAUACAAAGACAGAAAUCCGUUUGUUAUAAAUUAUAUAGGGGUUAGCACAGCGUGGGGUGCAACUGGUGAAUUUUUAAUAGAAGAAUCACCAUGUACAGCUCUAGUUGUUAGGCAACAAUUGGUAGACACUUGCUACUGUUGGAUAGAUUGUAACGAGUCAGAUGGUCUUCCACAAAACGCUGUAAUGGCCUCAGAAGAUGGUUUGUAUAUAGGCCGCGUUCAUCACAGAGAUUCGAUCACACCUGGUGGUAUCAGAAAUAAUGUAUGUACAAUCCCAUGGGGUGGAGCCUCUCACGAUAAAAAAGAUUUUCAAAUAUUAUGCGGCAAAGAUGUGAAUUGGGUAAAAUCAUGGGAAGGAAGUGUUCCUUUGUACGCUCUUCCUGCCGGUGAAACCGAAGACGGCCACGCUCUUUUUAUAGGCAGAGUGUUACACGAAGGUGUAUAUCACAUAGGAAAAAUACAACCGAAUCAUCAAAUAUGUUAUAUAGGCGUACACGGCCAUGAAGAACGUUACAUAGAUUAUGAAACUUUAGUCGUUUGUGAUUAUUACGCUGUGGAAUAUGUUGGUAGAUAAAAUUCUUCUUGUGGAAAAUAUUUAUUUUUCAUACGAGAUACAAAUUAUUUUUUUAUGUCAUAAAUAUUUAUAUGAUUGUAACUCUAAUUUAAUAGAAAUAAUAUAUAAAUUUAAAAGAGAAUUAUAAAUAGUAUUAUGACGGUAUUAAAGAAUGAUGAAACAUUUACUCAGAAAUCUAAUGGAAUAUAGUUUCAUAUUCAUUAAUUUAUUGUAAGCUUUCAUUGAAUGAUUCCAUUAAAAUUUUAUAAGCAAUAUAACAUUGAAAGGAAACAAGAGAUAAAUUUAUUUAAUAUGUGUACAUUUAACUCCCACACUUUGGUGGUUGAGUUAUCUUAAACUCAGAUACUUUCCAAAUAAUGGAGAAGCAAAUUACUUGAUCUUCAUGAUUUUGAAAAUUAUAGGUCAAUUUUUUAUGAGUAUAUACUAAAUGCCAUAAGGAGGACUGGGAAAGAAAUUACAAAAAUAGUGUAACAAAAUUAGAAAAGAUCCCAAAAGCAUUCUAUAUGUAUAUACAUUGAAAAUGAUAAUAAAUAUUAUCAUAAUUGUAAUAAGUGUAAAUACUAUAUAGUAGAUGUGCUGACACAAGUACACAAUAAACAUUACUUAUUUAUAAUUUUGAAAUUUAUUCCAUUUUUUAUUAUUGAGGACCAGAAAUUAGAUAAAUUUGGGUCCAUUGGUAUGAUUAAUACUAUUAUCUUAUCAACUGAAUAAGUAUGUAAUAUAUUAUUGUAACGAACAAAAAAUAAUGUUUGGAAUAAUCAUCACCAUUUAUUUAUUCUUUUCUUAUUUAUGAUUAUAAUUUAUUAUUAUUAAAAAAUUAAUAUAUAAUUAUAACAUCAUAAAGAUAAUUAUUGUUUCUUAAGCUCAUAAAUGUAUUGUAUAGAAUCCAUACAAUCUUCCUUCUUAAGUGAUUAAUUACUCUUCAUCUACAGUAUUCAUCAAGCUUUGCUGCUCUUUGGAUUUUGGAUCAUUAAUACCAUUAUGAAGCAUGUAUAUAUUUAUAUUAACAAUAACUUGAAUUGGAAAUAAAGUAGUAUUUUGGAUUA